AUGGAGCAUCAUUUUAGAAUUGAUAUAUUUAUUGUUGUGAUAGAUUUUCAAUUGCAAGAACUGAAUAAUAGAUUCAAUGAGCAUGCAGUGGAACUUGUUAUUCUUAGCGAUGCCUUAAGCCCUAAAGAUGCAUACAAAUCAUUUAAGAUUGAGGAUAUAUGCAACUUAACUAAGAAGUUUUAUCCUCAAGAUUUUACUAAGCAAGAAAAAAUCUAUUUGAGAUUUCAAUUGCAUCAUUAUCAGCUUGAUAUGCCUAAACAUUCAGAUUUUCAGAAUAUGUCCACUUUAUCUGAGUUAUGCAGAGGAUUGGCAAUUUCGGGAAAGUCAAAGAUUUAUAAUUUGAUUGACAUGCUGAUUCGUCUAGUGUUGACUCUACCUGUUUCUACCGCCACCACUGAACGAGCAUUUUUUGCGAUAAAACUUGUAAAAACUAGAUUGCAUAGUAAAAUGGAGGAUGAGUUUCUAGCACAUCAUUUGGUCAUUUAUAUUGAGAAAGAAAUUGCUCAGGAUUUCACUACAGAGAUGAUAAUGGAUGAAUUUUAUUCUGUGAAAGAUCGUCGUUGA